AUGCCACCCAAGGGCAGCAAGCGCAAAGCAGCAGACCGAGCUCCAGAUGCUGCCCCAGCUGGCGAAGCCGCGAGCAGGCGUAGCACCAGGCAUGCUGCCAAAGCGGUGAAGCAGGAGGAAAGCGACGACGCGUCCGCACGGGGCAACAAGAAGGCGCAGCAGCAGGUCGCUCGCGGCAAUGAGGGAGCCGGCAAGGAAAAGGUUGAAGCUGCAUCGACUCUCAAGAGCGAGAACGUUGAUGACGACAAAACAUCUUCGACACGAACAGGAGGAUACCCAACCACGCCCGACGGUCACUACUUCCUCGUUCGCUGCCGCCUUUGGCGCUGCGCCGACCCCUCCCUUCCUGCUGAGAAGCGCUCCGAGCUGCAAAAGGUGCUGAUGACCGCCCGUAGGAAUCUCACCGGUCGUAUUACAGACGCAAAAGUCAGAGAGGAGGCGAGGCAGGAAGUGCAACGAACAAAGGUCGCAUUGGGUGAGAGAGGCGACGUCUGGUGGGAUGAGGGAGAGGUCGCAGACAGGAAGAUGGUGUGGAAUACAGGGUAUAAGGAUUGGUGGGAGGGUCUGAGCGAAGGGGACAGGAAGGGACAAAGGAAGAGCAAGUAG